AUGGUUAAUUCAAAUAAAAACGAGAGUCAGGAGGAAAAUACCCAUGAAAAAAUCGAUAUCAGGAUAGAAAUGAACGACGAUGAUGAUCCUUGUAUAGGCUCAACCGCAGCGACAAUAGCGACGACCUCUUCAAAUAUGACAGAGCCAUCAAGAAACGAAGUAUGCGAUACAAAAGUAAUAAAUCAAGAAAAGGACAAUAGUGCUGCUGCUGCUGUCGAUACUAGCAAUAAUGAUGAUGAUUCUGUUGAAACAAGAGAUGUCACUACGACACUUGAGAAUAAUGAUCGUUAUCCAGCGCCAACAAUACAAGCGCCAGAAAUGAUUCAUUUUCGAGCAUCACAAGAAACGUUGGUGGCGAUGCCAAUAAAUACUACAGAAACGCUGCAUGAUCACGAACACGGCCCAAUUUCACCAGCAACGCAAUCAUGUUGCAUUAGAAAUCCACUUCCAACCAGAAUUUUUUUUGGCGUGUUUUUCUCAUGGAGUAUAGCUUGCAUUAUCAGUGGGUGUUUAUCUAUUGAUUAA